AAAUUAGGAAAAAAUAGAGCAAUGCUAGUAGCAUAAUAUGCUACUUUUACUGGUACAAUCUUUCAGGGCCUAAAUGCGUGAUAUCUCGAACCACGGCUGCGAAGAAGACUUAAAACAAACUUUUUUUUAAUGCGUCCUCUAUUAUUUCAUUUACAACAGGCUCGGUCAGGACGGAUCUAUGACGCUGUUUUAACUGUCGCCAGGGCUAUCGAAAAAAUUCUUUCGGAGAACAAAUCACUCUCGCAGCCUCCUGUUGGCAAUGGACUGUGCAGAUCUGAUAAACCGUGGAUAGACGGAGAGAUGCUUCUGAACUACAUGAAAGGGGUUAGAUUUAUUCUUCAAAUCGAAUAAAUAAUUUUUUUGAAAGAGGAAAAACUUGAUUUUGAGCACGUGAUCUUUGCAGAGCUUUCGUUUGCCAAAAUGGAAAUUAAAAGUUAGAUUAGAAUCAAGCAACCUUAUUCCAAUCCGUCCUUCCGAAAAAAAAAGAAAGAUUUUACAAUAAAUUGAGGUUUUAAAAUUUUUUUUUAUUAGGUAACCACUUGGUGUUUCGGUGCGCAUUCUCAGUGUUCUGUGCAUAGUUGUUCUCGCACUCAAUUACGCCACGUAACGACUUUUUAUCUAAGGGGAGGGGGGAUGACGCAGAUGACUUGUUCUCUUAGGGAAGGGGGGAUGACGCAGUGACUAGUGUGCUCGCCCAAAACGCUGCUGCCCAGGUUCGAUUCCCAGAGCUGGCGUCACAUGCGGGUUGAAUUUGUGGUUGGUUCUUGACUAGUCUUCCUCUUUCUGCAGUAAAAGAAAGGUCGGUGAACAUGUCUGAAUUUUUGCAAAAUUGAUCCGUAAUAUUUCUCUCCUUCCUCAUGGAAGGUUUUCCACAACUUUCCAAAGGAGUUUUGAUCCCCUUUGUAGGAGACGUUUGUUUCUAGCCUGAGCCAAACUCUAUAAUCGCACUCGAUUUUCGCCUUUGCAAUGCGCGUGCAUGUCGGUUUAUCGUGAUCUAACCAAUACCGGAGAAGCGAUACGGUAGCUCGUUACAUUAUUAGUCUUUAGAAUAAUUUUUUUCCUUCUCCUUUAAGGUAAACGCUUCGGGAGUUAUGAACAAUAUUAACUUUCGUAGGACUGGAUCACCAGGGAAAACUGCGUACGAUGUGGUUAAUUUUCAGACUGAUGACAAAUGGGUUGGUAGGGGGUUUUUUUUUUUUUCGAAAAAGGCUAUUUCAUUAUUGUUAAUACGUUAUCUCUAAACUUAAGGUAACUUUACGAGCUAAAAAGUUGAUUUUUCUUGUAGCUGUAUUUCAUUCAAGAUCAAGAUAUACUGAGAGUUUUGGAGUUGAAACAUAAGAAAGAUCGGGGAAAAAAAUUACCCUGUUUUGGACUAAGAUCCGCUCAAUUAUUCCACAGAGUUCGUUUUAAAAACGUUAACCAGGACUUUCGAGAAAUAGACCUCAGGUUUCUCAAGACUUUUAAAACGCACUACGUGCGUUGUACGGAUGAUUCAAGUUGUCAUGGAAUUUUCUUGAUACGCUAUCUUGAUCUCUUGAUUCCAAAUUGGAAGUAAUGUAAAACUAACUUUUUACUUUCAACUUCGCCUUUUGAAUGUCGAAUUUGAUUUCGUUUUUCUGAAUAUGGCAGGUAGGAGACUUUCAAUGGAGCCCCAGGCCGCGGUUAAAAAAUGAACAAAAAAACCGAUUGUAUGGUUAGAUGGAAACCUCGAUGUACCAAAGCUGGCAAGUCUUGAGCUAAAAUACAGCAGAAUCAAAGUGCUAAUCGCCCUGGUAUGUUUAAAAGCAUUCAAAUCAGCCAAGUUUCCUUUUGAUAGCAUUCUAUGGCCUUUUUAGUUCGAGUUUGGUUUACAACUCUAUUUGCCGUUAAUUAGAACUUGAAGCCACUCACGCACAUUUUCAGUAAUUUAAUUUCAGUCAGUUCAGACUCCUCAAUAUUUCCAAACGUCUUUCUUCUCCCUCGGCGGUUCGAGUUCCUAAAGAUUUCUUUGUUUAGUUAGACGAUUUUAGGAGGAUCACAUGAUUUCAGAGGAUGUAAGUGGGGUAUAUAGUAGAUUGGCCCCCAAUGAGAGGAGAUCAUCAGAAUACUACAGAAUGUUGGGGGGGGGGGGGGGGGGGUUAGAGUUUAUUGUGGCACAAUCAAAAUGCUACAAUCAAUUCGUGAAAAUGUAAACAGAUAACUAGAUAAAAAAAAAAUGAAUACAUGAAAAUAAAAAAAAAAAUUGGGACGACAAGGAAGACUAUACAAAGGACUACUCAGCAAUAUUAGAAGAUCUCAUAUCUCCCGGAAAACGCGACAGUUAGUUAUUGUCCCAAAUCCAAGUAAUCGUACAAAUCGUCACGAUAUAUAUUGUUUUGAAAGAGAUGAUAACGAUUACAUGGAAACUGGGCUUAACGGAGCUGUAAAACAAACGUUGAUGCUAUUCAAUUUAAAUGUGCUCUUCAGAGUCCGCCGUUCGUAAUGAAAAAAGAAAAUUCCACGAACAGUAAUUCAGAUGUAGAAUACGAGGGAUUCUGUAUUGACUUAUUAGACGAGCUGAAGAAGAAAUUACAAUUUGAAUAUCAUCUGGAACUGAGAGAUAACUUUGGUGACCAGCAGAGUGAUGGUACUUGGAGUGGAAUUAUUGGGGAGCUGACAAGAAAGGUGAAAUGUGUAAGAGUGUGUAAUCGUUUAUAGCGGCGAUGCAUUUACCGACUUCGGCAAGCUUUCAGGAAACUACUUAAAUACAACGCUUUUCUAAAUAACUAAAACAUUCCAUUUUGCCGUGCGUCAGUUUAAUAUUAGAUCAUAGAUAAUGUCGUGGACCACAGUCAUAGUGCCGCUCAACACCCGGGAGUGUAAAUAGGAACUAGUGCACUGUCAAGGAGUCAGUCCUGAAAGAAUGCUAGGGAGGAGGGUGGGAGAAAUAGCGUGUUAUGUACUGCAUCCCAUCUAGGGGUGAGAGCAAAACAUAUUCGCUACUUUACACAAACUGGGAUAAGUUCCAGCUGGAUGGGCCUCUUGGCUGAAGAGUGCAAAUUGUACACAUCUACGUACCCUAUAUAAAGCUUCUAUGUUGCUUUAAUGGUGAAAAUUCUGCGAUGUCUCUUUACCAACUGACCAUUUACUCUCCACAGAAAGCUCAACUGGCCGUGUCCACUAUAAUCAUCAGCCCUGAACGCGAAAAAGCGGUGGACUUUACACAACCUUACUACAGUCUGGGAUUCAAGAUAGUUAUGAAGAAAACAGACAUGGAAAACAAGGUGAAUACCUGGGGAUUUUUAGAUCCUUUUGAGAAGACUUUGUGGAUUGCCAUCAUCAGCUCAUCAGUGAUCAUAGGAACUGUGGUUUGGAUCUAUGACCGACUGAGCCCGUAUGGCUACUAUGGCAAGGUGGUACAAUCAGCGGAAGUCAGCAGCGAGGAAGCGCUUGCGAAGAAUACCCUCUCGGUAUUUCAUUCAUUCUGGGCAGCGGUUGCCUCUUAUCUAGAGCAGACUCCAGAUAACCUGCACCCGAUUUCUCAAUCUGGUAGAGCGACUACAUUAGCUUGGUAAGAUAGGGCACGUGUUUACGAAACGAGGGUGUAACCCAAGACAAAUUAUGUAUAAAAGCAACUAUUUUAUGAUACUGGUAUUCUAUGUUGGACUCUUUGAUCAUGACAUUUAGUUCUAUUACACGGGAAAGAAUUAAAUCUUGACCAAUCCUUCCUUGAUUUAGAUUUAACUUUUGUCACUUUGCUGUAUGACAACAUUGUGCUCCAACAAUAAGCCAAUCCUCACAGAACAUUUCCCUUGGAACACAAAUCAAUGAGCCUCCAGAACGCUUAUUGAUGGUACAUAUAUUUAUUCAAUGAGCAAGAUAAUACAAUUACUCUUAUUGGUCAAAAACCUAUCGUUUAUUGCAUUGGUAAACCCAUAGAAAACUCAAGUUCAUUUUUGAUAAAUAAUAUGUCGUCUUUUUUAUUAGUUUAUCGCCUCCGGCUCGUAAUUUACAAACUUUUCUCUUGUUCUCCCGAUAUCCCGCGUGGUUUAUUACGCCGGUAAACCGGUAGAAAGUGCGGUCCAUUGCUUAAAUAAUAAUCUGCGUUCCCGGUGCUUUUAUCAAGUGGUCGUUGAGAUAACAAAAAUUAAUGAUCGUCUUCUCAAACCUUUAUUGCUUCAGGUGGUUUGCUAUUUCCAUAUUUGGUGCCACAUAUACCGCUAACCUGGCUGCGUUCCUGACCAUCAACAAAUAUGAAAAUCCAAUCACGAACAUUGAAGAUCUGGCCAAUCAGAACAAAGUAAAAUUUGGAACCGCGCGUGGUCAGCUGGCUACAAUGCUCAAGUAUGAACAGCUAGUAAUAUACCUAUUGAGAACGGUGUAGUUCAUGUUAAACACUUACAGAUGGUGCUGGGCAUUUCAUUCUUUACAAAAUUGAAAGCUAUUUUGUUGAACUAAUUAAGCCCAUUUCUCAUAUAUUCAGUCCCCCCCUCCCCCCCCCCCCCCCCCCUCCCGGUCCAUCAGCCGGUGGAAUUUUUGUCGAUUUGUCUGGCACAAGAACCAGCGAGUACAGUUACAGUGCGUUCAUUGCAAGCACUUGUAAAAUUACACGUGUACACAUGAGAGUUUUUUGUAGGGAGUCAUUGUAUAUUCAGAAGGUUCUGCUGCUACAAAGGGGCGCCCUUUCUUAUUUCAUGUAUUUAGUUUCUUUUUUAACUUGAUGGUUAACAAACAGUCAAAUGCUAGUUCAAAAUAAAAGAAGAAUGAUACGAAGUUUGAAUUGCCAUGCCUUUCCAACUCCUCUAAAAGAUUCCAAUCAUGCUUAAACCCAACUCGUUGCUCGCAAAGCAUCAUAAAAUGAGAAGCUAAUCGCCUAGCAACGAUUAGCAAGAACUAAAAAAGUUUUGUGUAGGGGAGACUCUCUCUUUUUCUCAGAUGCCAGUGAACUAAAUAAACCAACAUUGCCUUAUUUCCUUUUCCUAGAGAGGCUAAGCUCCCAGUCUACGAGAAACUAUGGGAUUUCAUCGAGCGUCAUGGAACGCUGGAAAAGAAUCAUACAGCUGGGAUCGAAAAAGUGCGAAACACGGAAAAUUAUGCCUUCAUUUGGGACUCGGCAGUACUUGAAUAUGACGUGCAACAAGAACCGUGUAACACACUUACUCUUAUCGAAAGGUAAAUAUGGAAAUUUCUUAGGUUGAACAUGGUUGUGUCAUGGCGCUUUCCAAUCAGUAUGCAAACACAGAGGUCUAAUAUAGGGCAUGCGCAAGUGGAUCAAUUCUGAGUAUUCCCGUUCCCCCCUUCCCCCUCCUUCUAUUUAAUCUAAGAAUUGUCUCUAUUAAAUCUAUUUUGAUUCAUCUUCCACAGACCAUUUGGUAGUAUCAACUAUGGCUUCGCUCUCCCUCGCAAUUCACUUUACACUCAUAACUUUAGUGUAGCAAUGUUGGAGUUGCAGCAAGAUGGCUUCUUACAGCGCAUGAAAGAGAAAUGGUUUAAAAGCCGCAGCGUGUGCGGUGCAGAGACACAGGCAGCCCAGGAAGCUGCUGAGGAGGGCGGUGACCAGCUUCAGUUUAGUGACUUGGCUGGGGUGUUCAUCACCCUUGUAGUGGGCGUGGCUGCUGGGUUGAUUGUCCUGUCCAUGGAACUGAUUUAUGCGUCUUACAAAGACACCCAGUCUAAAGAUGGCGAGGUGGGUACUGAUUGGUUUCAGUUCUCGAAUAUAAUAUCACGGUUAUAAAAAAUCUGCUAUAUCGUUUACUUUGCGCUCUUAACAGUUCACAUUACGUUAUAAACUAAUAAUAAGCCUUUUUCUUCGUUGUUCGCUGCAAGAUUAUUUUACGUCUCCCAUCAGUUACGUCACACCUUAAUGGUGCACCCUCCAGCCUUUUUUUUCGACUCCCUUUGCGUCAUUCGUUAUUUGAGUUCGAUAACCUACAUGCAGCGAAGGUUUGUUUGCAAUAUCGGUGCAUGAGAUCUGUCUUUCCUCUUCUGAUAAUUAUAUCAGGCUCAGAUAUCAUCAAACCCUUUAGGAGUGGAGAGGGGCUUGGCAUUCCAGAAGUUCUGUAAAGAACACUUGAGUCAUUGUUAAUGCAGGAACAUAAGUUUAACUUUUUCUUUACACUCAUUAGGCACCAAACACACUAUGUGCAGCUCUUUGGCGAAGGUUGCAUCGAACUUAUAUGGGAUUCCACGAUCUCCACAAACGUGACGAGGGAGAAAAGCAGAAGGAAGAGGACCUGGCUAUGUCUGAGGGCCUCCUACUUCCCAGCGCUCUAGAAACGCAAAAUAUUUGAUUAUAUUCAAACUUGAGCCAGGAUGUUUUGACCGAGAGGCUUAGCAUGUGUGUGUGGAACUUUACAAGGCUCAUGAGGAAUUUAUGUAACUGUUAGACUUUAGAUGAAGGCAUGUACUUGUUUAAGAUAGCUUAGAGUCGGUUUUCCCUUAGCUUAAUGCUCCAUUUUUACUUUAAUAUAGCUAGGCUUCUCAUUAUAUGUUUAUCUGCUAUGCAUAAGACUCAUCUGGGAUAGGAAAGCUGAAGGAGACUCUCAUGUAAAAAUGGAGCAGAGAUGAAAUACAGGCUAUCACGGUGAUCCUAUAAUUAUUAUUAACAGUUUAAGAGAAUUAAUGAUAAUUUCCUCAAUCAUCCUUGAAGUGAGAAAUUUCAGCUUAAAGUAGUCACAGAUAGGUCUUUCUUAGUUAUUACUAGGGAUUUUGACUACCAUUCUUGUCAUUUUCAUGCGGAAGUCUUUUUUGCCAAGGGACCAAAUUUACUCAAGAAUGAGUCCCUUGUUAAAACUAAUUUGUUGCAGAUCAUAUGUAACAUUACAAGUUACCGUGUCCAGUAGGAUUGUUAUAUAUUGGAGACUAGACUGUGAAUGCUAUAGAUAGGACACUUAACUGCAAGAAAAUUUUAAAAAUUUGUCAGCUAAGGAAUUUGGUCAAAUGUAAACUAAAUAUUUUCAGCGGCGAAUCCAGGAA